AUAGGUUCACACUGCAUUUUCAUCUUACCAUUUAAAAUAAAAACAGCAACAACACUGCGUUAUCAUCUGUUUAUUUAUUCUCCAUUUCCUACCAUAUAUAUAAACAUAUAAAUAAAAAACCGUUUAUUUUGGAAUUCCAAUUUUCUUCCGUGACUUGUUUCUUCUCUACAUCCUUGGGAUCUUUUGCAGUGACCAACCCAGAAGAAAGAAGGGCAAAAAAUAAUAUUAAAAAAAAAUUUAAAUUCCACACCCUUUGUAAAUCCCUUCCUUCAGUUCUGAUUUUAUUUAUUUUUUGUGCAAUUUAUAUUUUUGGAUCUAAUUGGGGUUUGAUCUUGCUCUUUCAAUUGGAUGAUUUGUCUUGUGGUGUAAUUUUUUGUUCUUAAUUUUGAUUUUUCCAUAAAAUUAUAUGAUUUGUUUAUGAUUGGAUUUUUCUGUAGGGUUUGGUUUUGGGGGGCUAAUUUAGGUUUUUUUUUUUAAAAUUUGUGUGGUGAUUGGAUGUUGAUCUUGUGUUUGGUUAGAUGGAUGAUAUUUUCCCUCAAACUCUUUUGAAUUCCUUUUCAUUUCAUGAUUCUAGUUGGUUCCUAGUUGUGUUUAUUUGAUGCUGAUUGAAUAGGAUCUGAUUUGGAUGUUCUACAAUUGAAAAUUUCAUUUUUUUUUUGCCUUGAAAUCAUAUAUAGUUUGCUAUAUCAUCAUAGAUGUCUUGUGGGAAAGUAAACAUUGCUAUGUUGUUUCUACUUAAUAUCUGUCCUUUGCUACAUGUCUAAAGAAACAAACUUCAUACACUAAUAGGAGUUAAUGUUUGCGUAAUGUUUUCGGGCUUUUUGAGUGUAUUUAGGUUAUAGACGUCUUCGAUUUGCGAAAUUUAUUGAUCCUUUGCGAAAUUUAUAGACUUAGGUGGUUUGAGCAUGUAGAAGAAGGCCGGAGAUUAUGUGAAAAGGAGAGUAGAUCAGAUGCAGAGAAACAAACAACUAGAGGUAGAGGAAGACCUAGAAAAAAUAUAAGAGAAGUUAUUAAGAAAGAUCUUGAGAUUAACGAUUUGGAUAAAAGUAUGGUCAUGGAUAGAACAUUAUGACGAAAGUUGAUCCAUGUAGUCCAUCCCUCGUGUAAUUUCCUUUUAGUUUCCUUUCUGUUUGGGCUUAGGCCCUCCUUCAAAAAAAAUCCUCUUUCCUAUCGCAAACCAAAGAAACAAAACUGAGAUGCUGGAUAAUACCUAACUCUAACUUGCCGCCUAUGACAUCUUUGGAGAGUUGUAACAAUAACACAUCGAAGUCCUUGUGUUUAUUGUUUUCUAUUUUGCUUAGUUUUCUUGUAAUUUUUACUUAAAUACUUGCAGUGUUGUUAAAUGGCAGUCAUAGGGCUGCCAUGGCGGAUUUUUUGAUUACCGCCACAGCCAAUUGGUGAAGGGAUGCCUGCUAUGGUGACACCAUAGACAGAAAUAGAGUGUUAAUAUUGCAGAUUUUUGGUCGUCAGCCAUAGACCACUAUGCGACCAUGAACAACUACAGCUUUGUAUGAUCUUACGGAUUCAUUAAUAACAAAAACCAUCUUAGUUGUGAUCUAGUUAUUAUAGUAGCAGACUCACCGAUGAACAUCUUAGAAUAGAAAACAUUGCCAAUAGUCUUGUUAGAAAAAAAUUGUUGAAUUAAUGGAUUAGGUUGAUUUAAGUGUACUUAUUUAUCUCUUUCGAUGGAUAUAUCUCUAACUUCUAUUUUAAAUUCAAUUGACAGUUUUUUUUUCUUGAAAUAUUGUUUUAUUUAACAGUCUUUUUCUUCCUUUUUGAUGGUAUACCUGCAGACUUUGUGGCUUGUUGGUGAUUCUGUUGUACAGAAGUGUUGGAUAAAAUUACAUAUGUCCAAGAUUGUAGUGUACAUUGAUUCGUUAUUUAUAUCGUACUUUGGAGCAUUGCAUGAGUGAUUUCUGUGUGAUUCUUUUGUGAAGUCAAGUAAAGGUCCUAUAAUUACAAACUGAGAUUCAGAAUCCUCUGGUAGGGAAUAUAGCUAGAGCUUAUUGUCUUGUUAACACGGUUCGAGGAAGAUGGCUGGUUUUAAGCGAAGAUUAUGUAGUGAUUCAGAUAUCCAUGCUCUUCACAAAGAAUUGGAUGAAGUUUCAUGUCCUAUCUGCAUGGACCAUCCGCAUAAUGCUGUUCUCCUACUUUGCAGCUCUCAUGAUAAGGGCUGCAGAUCUUACGUUUGUGAUACAAGUUAUAGGCAUUCAAAUUGCCUGGACCGAUUUAAAAAAACGAGGGACAACUCUACGGAGAACCCAAAUUUACCGAGUUCUUUAAUAAACACUAACAACUCUUCUGGAUCGAGACCGGGUGAUGCCCAAGAUCCAAGUAGACAUUUAAACCAACAUGACGAAGGCAUUUUAGAAACUGUUGAUUCUGAGAACUUGCAGGACAGGGCUGUUCUUGAGGAGGAUUUAGCAGUAGAUAAUUCAUCUGAGGACUCAAAAUCGAGUUUGCAAUGUCCGCUAUGUAGAGGUACGGUAUUAAGCUGGGAGGUUGUUGAAGAGGCUAGAAAUUAUCUGAACAUGAAGAAGAGAAGUUGCUCAAGGGAUUCGUGCUCGUUUGCUGGAGAUUAUCUGGAAUUGCGUAGGCAUGCUAGGAGAGUUCAUCCUACUUCUCGUCCCUCUAACGUUGAUCCGACAAGGGAACAAGCGUGGCAACAGUUUGAGCGUCAGAGAGAAUACGGUGAUAUUGUGAGUGCUAUUCAGUCUGCUAUACCAGGAGCUGUUGUCGUUGGGGAUUAUGUUCUCGAAAAUGGAGACGGUAUUGGUAGGUUAUCAGCUGCUGCUGGUGGUGGUGGUGAUAGAGAUGGGAACAAUGGUAAUGGUUCUUGGUUAACCACUACUACCAUCUUGUUCCAAAUGAUGGAUAGCACCAUUGAAAUUGUAAGGGAACCAAGACCUCGUUCUUCAAAUACAUGGUCAAGGCAUCAUCGCCGUUCAUCUGAUCGUCGUCGCUAUCUUUGGGGUGAGAAUUUGUUGGGUCUUCAAGAUAAUGAAGUCGAAGAAGAUCUGCGAAUAUUUAAUGAACUGGUUGAAGAUGCAUCACAUGUUCCAAGGAGGCGCCGACGUUUGAACAGGACAAGGUCCAACGAAGAUCAAUCAUGAAUCAUGAUGGUUACCGUCAUUUAUCUGAAUUUGUUUGAGCAAGCAUGCCGAACACGGUGAAGUUGUAUCUGGGAAACAUGAUUUCCGGUCUAUGCAUGGAUGGACCCCUGGAGUGUGCUGAAACAGAAAAGUUCAGAAUAAACCAUGAUCAAAUCCUUAUACACAAGUUUCAAUGAAACAAGGGAGUUUCUAGAAUUAUUGUUUUUCUUAAAGCUUGUUUUUAUGUAAAACAGCAUUUAGCCUUAGGAUCACUAAACUUCUGAGUGAUUUGGCAUAGUAUGUGUACGUUAUAGUAUUGUGUAUUGAAAUUGUUGAAUCUUUACAUCUAUUAAAUUGUUUGUUUUCACAUA